ACAAUCCUCCUGCCUGCCUACAAGAAGCGGGUUGCCGAGUUGAAGCUUCCCGAGUGCCUGAUCCCGCGCGACGUGGCCACUUGGUGGAAUUCCAUGUAUGAUAUGCUGACAGUGGCAUUGGAGUAUAGGAAGGUGGUCAAUUCAAUGUGCGCAGACAGAGACCUGGGGUUGCAGAAGUAUGAGCUGGGUGCACGGGAGUGGACAAUUGCUCGCCAGCUCACCAAUUUGCUUAAGGAUGCAUUGUACUUCUUCUCAUGCGGAUCUCCCAAUCUGGCCACUGUCAUCCCAGCCAUGGACCUUAUUGACCAGCGGCUCGCUACUGGCCACAUGCAGACCUCCAAGUAUGACUUUGCGAUCUGCAUGGCCAUGGGGUUAGCAAAGAAGACCCUGAACAAGUAUUAUGAGCUCACAGACUCUUCGAAGGCAUACUGCAUUGCCAUGAGUACGUCUCAUCUUAUUUUCUCGGUGUUCUAUUUGUUAAGGCACGUCAUGUUGCAGUCCUGCAUCCGAGCUACAAGAAAGCUUACUUCGAAAAGGCCGCGUGGCUCGCCAAGUGGAUCGACGUCGCCAAAGAGCUCGUCCGCACACAGUUCAACAAGACUUGGGUGA